GACUGAGAAUAUCAGUGCUUUGUAGAUUAUUGAACUGAGAGCAGUUCACACUUGCUUACAUUUAGAUAUAAGCCAGAAGCUCUUGAAAAACGGUAUGGAAAAUCUCUGAUUCAUCCCACAAAUCAACAAUAUGAAUGUUUUUCUGUAUGAAGACUUCUAUUAGUUUUAACGUGCAGACAGGACUUUUAUUUUGGUGUGGGGUGUGACGUCAAAAAACUGCGCCGUGCUCCGGCAUCUGAUGUGAUUCGACUGAAGAAAGAAAAACUCCUGGUGAAGUGACUGAGAUCCAGGUGACACACCAUUAUAAAGAUGGAGUUUAUUAAAGAGGAAAGUGCAGACAUAAAGAUUGAAGAAACAUUCAGUCUGAAACAAGAAGAAACUGAGACACUAACAGACCUCAUGUCACUGAAAGAGGAGAGUCAAGAUCUGAAUGACAUGAAAGAGAAAGAUCUGUAUGAGAAACAGCAUGAUUUCAUAUCUAAAGAAAAAUCUUUUAAUUGCUCACAGACUGAAAAUACUUCAUCACAAAAAAGAGAGACUAGAAGUAAUUUCAUCUGUAAACAGUGUGGAAAGAGUUUCAGUCAGCAUAAACACCUUAAAGUCCACAUGGGAGUUCACACCGGAGAGAAGCCUUAUACCUGCCAACAGUGUGGAAAGAGUUUCAACCGAAAAGGAACCCUUAAAGUCCACAUGAACGUUCACACUGGAGAGAGCUGUUAUUCCUGCCAACAGUGUGGAAUAAGUUUCACUCGAAAAGGAAACUUGAAAAGGCACAUGGGAAUUCACACUAGAGAGAAGUCUUACACCUGCCAACAGUGUGAGAAAGUUUUUAAACUUAAAAGAAGUCUUAAUUGCCACAUGAGCUUUCAUACUGGAGAGAAGCAUUUCAGCUGCCAACAGUGUGGAAAGAGUUUCAACCGAAAAGGAAGUCUUAAUUACCACAUGAAAAUUCACACUGAAGAGAAGCCUUUUACGUGCCAACAGUGUGGAAAGAGUUUCAACCGAAAAGGAGCCCUUAAGGUUCACAUGAACGUUCACACUGGAGAGAGCCGUUAUUCCUGCCAACUGUGUGGAAUAAGUUUCACUCGAAAAGGAAACUUGAAAAGGCACAUGGGAAUUCACACUGGACAGAAGUCAUAUGCCUGCCAAAAGUGUGGGAAAGUUUUUAACCUAAAAAGAAAUCUUAAUUGCCACAUGAGCGUUCAUUCUGGAGAGAAGCAUUUCAGCUGCCAACAGUGUGGAAAAAGUUUCAACCAAAAAGGACACCUUACAGACCACAUGAGAAUUCACACUGAAGAGAAGCCUUUUACCUGCCCUCAGUGUGGAAAAAGUUUUAAUCUAAAAGGAACCCUUAAAGACCACAUGAAAAUUCACACAGGAGAGAAACCCUACACAUGCCCUCAGUGUGGAAAAAGUUUCAAGCGAAAAGGACAACUUAAUGUCCACAUAAGAAUUCACACUGGAGAGAAGCCUUUCACCUGCCAACAGUGUGGAAAAAGUUUCAGUAUAAAAGGAAACCUUAAAGACCACAUGAAAAUUCACACUGGAGAGAAACCCUACACAUGCCCUCAGUGUGGAAAGAGUUUCAGGAGCAAAGGUCAGUUUAAAGGCCACAUGAGAAUUCACACUGGAGAGAAGCCUUUCACCUGCCAACAAUGUGGAAAAUGUUUCAACCAAUCAGGAACCCUUAACGUGCACAUGAGAAUUCACACUGGAGAGAAGCCUUAUGCCCUGGGUAUACAGGUGCUGGUCAUAUACCUGAUGGCGCUGGAAGAGGAGGGUCAAGAUCUGAAUGACAUGAAGGAGAAAGAUCUGUAUGAGAAACGGCAUGAUUUCAUAAAUGAAGAAAAAUCUUUUAGUUGCUCACAGACUGAAAAGACAUCCUCACAAAAAAGAGAGACUAGAAGUAAUUUCAUCUGUAAGCAGUGUGGAAAGAGUUUCAGUCAGCGUAAAAACCUUGAAGUCCACAUGGGAGUUCACACCGGAGAGAAGCCUUACACCUGCCAACAGUGUGGUAAGAGUUUCAACCGAAAAGGAAACCUUAAAGUCCACAUGAACGUUCACACUGGAGAGAGCUGUUAUUUCUGCCAACAGUGUGGAAUAAGUUUCACUCGAAAAGGAAACUUGAAAAGGCACAUGGGAAUUCACUCUAGAGAGAAGUCUUACACCUGCCAACAGUGUAGGAAAGUUUUUAAGCUAAAAAGAAGUCUUAAUUGCCACAUGAGCAUUCAUACUGAAGAGAAGCAUUUCAGCUGCCAACAUUGUGGAAAAAGUUUUAACCGAAAAGGACGACUUAAUUACCACAUGAAAAUUCACACUGAAGAGAAGCCUUUUACUUGCCCUCAGUGUGGAAAAAGUUUCAAACUAAAAGGACACCUUCAAGUCCAUAUGAUAAUUCACACAGGAGAGCUCCCUUUCUCAUGCCAACAAUGUGGAAAAAGUUUCAAACUAAAAGCACACCUUAAAGACCAUAUGAGGAUUCACACAGGAGAGAAACCCUACACAUGCCCUCAGUGUGGAAAAAGUUUCAGUCGCAAAGGACCGUUUAAAGACCACAUAAGAAUUCACACUGGAGAGAAGCCUUUCACCUGCCAACAAUGUGGAAAAAGUUUCAAGCAAAAAGCAAUCCUUAACACACACAUGAGAAUUCACACUGGAGAGAAGCCUUUCACCUGCCCUCAGUGUGGAAGGAGUUUCAAACUAAAAGGACACCUUAAAGACCACAUGAGAAUUCACACAGGAGAGAAACCCUACACAUGCCCUCAGUGUGGAAAGAGCUUCAGUCGCAAAGGUCCGUUUAAAGACCACAUGAGAAUUCACACUGGAGAGCUCCCUUUCUGCUGCCAACAAUGUGGAAAAUGUUUCAACCAAUCAGGAACCCUUAACAUGCACAUGAGAAUUCACACUGGAGAGAAGCCUUACACUUGCACUCAUUGUGGAAAAAGUUUUAGACUAAAAGGCCACCUUAAAGGCCACAUGAGAAUUCACACAAAAAGUUUUAACCAACCAGGAACCCUUAACAUGCACAAGAGAAUUCACACUGGAGAUAAUUCGUUCAUAUGUGAUCGAUGUGGAAAGAGUUUUAGAUAUAAAGGAACCUUAAAGUACCACAUGAGCCUUCACUCAAGGUUCACAUAAGAGUUUUCGUUAUAGAGAGGUCUUGUACCAGCCCUGAAAGCCCUGAUAUACUCACUGCAAAGUUAUUUUUCAGUCUUUGCUUCGUAGCAGUGGACUUAAGUGAACAUCUCGAGUGGCAUUUAUAUGAAUGUGUAAAUAUGUGCUGUGCAUUUUUCUUUCAGUAACAAAAUAAAUGCAGUGGGAAAAGUGCA